CCCUCCUCUUCAAACCACAUGUGUCACAGAGGAAAUUAUAGAUACUGGAGUAACACUUAAGCUUAGAUCCAUAUUCUAUACUUUUUGACUAGCUCUUGUCUAUGUGUGUGUUUAAAAGUACCAAUUAAAUUCACAGAUCAGUACUUUGGAAUAGUACUGUUUGGAGAAGACUUGCGAGACAGGACCAAAACUUUGAGUCUUGCACGCUCAAGCGUCAUGCCGGCUGGGUUUCAGCAGUUGGGAGGGGAGAGAAUAACUGGAACCCUCGCACUGUCAGUGUUCACAGCUGUACUGGGUUCCUUUCAGUUUGGCUACAACAUUGGAGUCAUCAAUGCUCCACAGAAGAUCAUUGAGCAGGACUAUAACUCAACAUGGAGGGAAAGAUACUCAGAACCAAUCCCUCCACAAACUCUGACAACUCUGUGGUCACUCUCUGUGGCCAUCUUCUCCAUCGGGGGCAUGCUGUCCUCCUUCUCUGUGGGAAUCCUCUCAGAAUUCUUUGGCAGGAGGAAAGCAAUGCUUAUCAAUAAUGUCCUUGCAUUUAUUGGUGGAGGCCUGAUGGGAAUGUCCAAAAUCAGCAGAUCAUUUGAAAUGAUGAUUUUAGGACGCUUUACCAUUGGGGCAUAUUGUGGGUUGGCAUCGGGAUUGGUGCCUAUGUAUGUUGGUGAGAUUGCCCCUACCAAUCUAAGAGGAGCUCUGGGCACUCUGCACCAGCUGGCCAUCGUCACUGGCAUUCUUACAGCCCAGAUUUUAGGACUCGAAUCCCUGUUGGGCAGUGAGCAGUUGUGGCCGGUGCUGCUGGGUGUUACCGUACUCCCUACAGUCCUACAGAUGACGCUAUUGCCUUUCUGUCCUGAGAGCCCGCGCUUCCUCUAUAUCGUCCGCUGCCAAGAGCACCAUGCAAAGAGCGCUUUGCGGCGUCUGACUGGCCGUCUGGAGGUCAGUGAGGACUUGGCUGAAAUGAAGGAGGAAAAAAGGAAGAUGGACAUGGAGAGAAAAGUAUCUAUCGCUGAGCUCUUUCGCUCUCCUCUGUACCAGCAGCCCAUCAUCAUCUCUGUCCUGCUGCAGCUCUCUCAGCAGCUUUCAGGAAUUAAUGCGAUCUUCUAUUAUUCAACUGAUAUCUUCAAAAAGGCUGGGGUGGAAAGUCCAGUGUAUGCCACCAUAGGUGCUGGAGCUGUCAACUGUGCUUUUACUAUAGUCUCGCUCUUCCUGGUCGAGCGUAUAGGCCGCCGGACACUCCACAUGCUUGGACUUGCUGGAAUGUGUAUCUGUGCCAUCAUCAUGACAGCUGCCCUCACAUUACUGGAGACUGUGCCAUCAAUGAGCUACCUUAGCAUGGUGGCCAUUUUUGGUUUUGUUGCCUUUUUUGAAGUGGGACCAGGACCUAUCCCUUGGUUCUUUGUGGCUGAACUCUUCUCACAAGGUCCCAGACCAGCAGCCAUGGCUGUAGCAGGCUGUUCCAACUGGACUGCAAACUUCCUAAUUGGCAUGGGCUUCCAAUAUGUUGCUAACCUGUGUGGUCCAUACGUUUUCCUCAUCUUCGCUGUGCUGCUCUUCUUCUUUCUGCUCUUCACAUUUUUCCGAGUUCCUGAAACGCGAGGAAAAACUUUUGACCAGAUCUCAGCCACCUUUCACCGCCAUCCACAGAACAUUAUAAGUACAGAACUGGACUACCUAGGUUCUGAUGGGACAGAGAACAUGGAUCAGGGGAAGCACAGUACAGAACUGGACUACCUAGGUUCUGAUGGGACAGAGAACUGAAGCUUGAGAGCAAGAUAGAUGGUGGAAGGGGGGUCAGAAUGACCACAACUGACCGUUCUUUGAGGGUUGGAGAGGAAAUUGAGAUGAAUACCAAAAAGAGAACAUUAUUACUCAAAAGAGAGUAAGGCAUUUGGUAUUUGUAUUAUAAAGACGGAUGUUGGACUUUGGAAGUGAGAGCAAGUUUGAGUUUUUGGAAAAAAAAAAAAAAACGACAACAACAGACUUGAGUUUUGGAUCCCGCACUUUAAAAUACACAUAGGUUUCCAUACGCCAGAAAGCAAGUUAUGAUUUUGCAAACUAUAGUAGAUGUAGACUAUACUUUUAAUUUGUAGCAUUAUUUAAAAAAAGAAUUAGUAACGAAGUGUCAAAUGCUUCUGAAGGAUAAAACAGUUUUUUCAACAAGGCUUAAAAUUAAUCAGCACAUUUUUAAUGCUUAUAAUGUGGUCAUAUACUAUCCUUGACAAACAUUACAAAAAGGACUUAUUUCACACAAAACCUCCAACAUUCUUACAAAUCAGUUUUAAAUACAGCAAACAUUUAAACACACAUUUUUAUUCACUGCAGUUAUGUUUGUGUAGAACCCAAAUGAUUAAAUAAAGAAGAGGUAAGGAGUGCUGUUUGAGUGAAAUUUAAAACACACACAACCUAUAAUCCUUACAUGAGGCAUUCUGUUGUCACUAUAUGCCACAUUUUGAGGGGUGAGCUAAGUGUAAUUUUGACAUAACAUUUAUAUGAUUGAAUUAAACAUGUUUUUGAUCCUCUGACAAUUUUUUAACUGUACAUGCACAAAAAAAUUAACAGUUUUUCAACAAGGUUUGGUACAAGAGUGCAUGGAUAAAUUACAAUUAAGCUUGUGUAUAUACUACUUUUGCACUGUGAGAUGUCAGUCAUGAACACAGAUUUCCUGUCAAGAAGCACAGGCUAUAUAUAUAUAUAUAUAUAUAUAUAUAAAAAAUAAAAAAAAAGCACAACAA